AUGUUCACGGCAUUCGCUGUGGCGGUCGGACACGACGGCCUCAACACAGCACAGGCGCACGCAUACGCUCGCGCCAUGCGUGCCGCUCCCAACACACACGAGCGGACCCUGCUGGAGGCGAAUCUCUUAGCAAAGCUGUUGGACUUGCGCCCUGGUGCCGCGUUCGCUGACGUUGGCGCUUGGGACGGUAACUACACCCUGCUGCUCUCGCGAUCCGUGCUGCCUCGCGGUCAGGCGAUCGCCACGGACCAGGCUAGCCGUCUGAAUCUGAUCCGCGAGGCUGCAGCGCGCGAGCGUUUGAACCUUACAGUGGUGGAGGCGACGGCGGACGACGCCGGGCUGGCGCCAAGCAGCCUCGACGCGAUCCUGCUCAGGACCUCCUUUCACCACCACAGCCGGCCUGCCUCUGCGCUCGCACAGUUUGACGCGGCGCUGAGAGACGGAGGCCGGCUGCUCCUGGUCGAGAAUGCGCCACAGGGCGCCCGCAACAACCGCAGCGCAAGCUGGAGGCUCUGCAAAGACCAGGCCGUCGAGUACGAAUGGGCAAAGGAGCAGGAGGCGCUGGCUCGCACUGGCCGGUCUGACGCGGCAGCCAACUGCACGCACGCCCAAGAGUUGGACGCAGCGCUCCAUCCGCUCGGAGCAGGCAUGGGCAUCUCCCGCGAUGUCGUGUACCACGAGGCCCGCGCUGCCGGCUUUCGGCUCAAGGCGGAGCUGUCGCGCUGGCCAACCGCCCGCUUUGGCGGCGAUUGCUUAUUAUACCUGUAA